UAGAUAGAACCUAUUACUAAUCACUUUUGUCACCAUGGAUUCUCAAAUACUCAACUCAUUAGCCCUUAUCUUGCCCUUUUUCCUCUUCAUGAUUGUGGUGCUGAAACUAGGGAGAAAACUCAAGAAAACUGAGCCAUCUCUGAACAUACCCCCAGGACCAUGGAAACUGCCUAUUGUAGGAAACUUACACCAACUUGUUACAUCUUCACCACAUAAAAAAUUCAGAGACUUGGCCAAAAUAUAUGGACCCAUGAUGCAUCUUCAACUUGGGGAGAUCUUCACAAUCGUUGUUUCCUCGGCAGAGUAUGCUAAGGAGAUACUGAAAACCCAUGAUGUCAUCUUUGCAUCAAGGCCUCACUUUCUAGUUUCAGAAAUAAUGUCCUAUGAAAGCACAAACAUUGCUUUUUCACCUUAUGGAAAUUAUUGGAGGCAGGUACGUAAAAUAUGCACCUUGGAGCUUCUCUCCCAAAAACGUGUCAACUCAUUCCAGCCAAUUAGAGAAGAAGAGCUCACCAAUCUUGUUAAAAUGAUUGGUUCACAAGAAGGGUCUUCCAUCAACCUCACAGAAGCAGUGCACUCAUCAAUGUAUCAUAUCAUUACAAGAGCUGCGUUUGGCAUAAGGUGCAAAGACCAAGAUGAAUUCAUAUCAGCGAUAAAGCAAGCUGUGCUAGUUGCAGCAGGUUUCAACAUAGGAGAUUUGUUUCCUUCUGCUAAAUGGCUUCAACUUGUUACUGGUUUGAGGCCUACCCUUGAGGCGCUUUUUCAACGAACUGAUCAGAUACUAGAAGACAUCAUCAAUGAACACAGAGAGGCAAAGUCAAAAGCCAAAGAAGGCCAUGGUGAAGCAGAGGAAGAAGGUUUGUUAGAUGUUCUCCUAAAAUUCGAGGAUGGUAAUGAUAGUAACCAGAGCAUUUGCUUAACUAUUAACAAUAUCAAGGCAGUAAUCGCGGACAUCUUCGGUGGUGGAGUAGAGCCAAUAGCUACUACCAUAAAUUGGGCAAUGGCAGAGAUGAUAAGGAAUCCAAGAGUGAUGAAGACAGCACAGGUUGAGGUGAGAGAGGUAUUCAAUAUUAAAGGAAGGGUUGAUGAAACUUGCAUCAAUGAACUCAAAUAUUUGAAAUCUGUUGUCAAAGAGACCCUAAGGUUGCACCCACCAGCUCCUCUUAUACUUCCUAGAGAAUGUCAAGAGACGUGUAAGAUUAAUGGGUAUGACAUACCAGUAAAAACCAAGGUAUUCAUUAAUGCUUGGGCAAUUGGAAGAGAUCCAAACUACUGGAGUGAACCAGAGAGGUUUUAUCCAGAGAGAUUCAUUGACAGCUCUGUUGAUUACAAAGGGGGUAAUUUUGAGUACAUUCCAUUUGGUGCUGGAAGAAGAAUAUGUCCCGGCAUCACCUUUGGUUUAGUAAAUGUUGAACUAACUCUUGCGUUUUUGUUGUAUCACUUGGAUUGGAAGCUUCCUAAUGGAAUGAAAAAUGAGGACUUUGACAUGACUGAGAAAUUUGGAGUGACUGUUGCAAGAAAAGAUGACAUAUACUUGAUACCUGUUACUUCUCGUCCUUUCCUGGGAAAUGGUGCAGAAAGCAUGGAAGCAGUGCAGUCAAAGAAGGUUGAGUAGGAUUCAGUGCCAGGAUCAAGAAAUCCCUAACCUUGAUAUCUUUGUUGAAAAAUGCCCAAGUGUUUCAGAUUUUUAAUAAUGAAUGAAUAAUUUGUCAGUAGACCAAGUUUUAAAGAGAUGUUAUUGUGAUGUAUGUUAUGUUUUGUUUCUAAGAGAAUCGAAUUGUGUUUUGGAGUUUCCUUUUCAUUCUUUCAGUUUUGCUUUAGCUUUAUAUCAAGAGCACCUUAUAGUUAA